CUAAAAGAUUUAUAAUAAAUAUGUCUUGUACCUGUUACUGAACUACUUUUGGAGUCAUUGUUGUCACCUUCUAUGCUAUACUGAUUUACAUCUCAGAAUCAACAAGGCUCUCAGGAACUUUUCAGAUAAGAUCUAGCUUUGAUGGGAACGCAGAUGUGUUUGAAGAGGUCACAGGAGUGUAUAGGAUCUAUGCCGAGAAUAAAUUGGCUGGAGCUUAUGCCAAUGGAUAUACUACUGCUUCUAACAGGCUUUGGCAGAUGGAAUACCUAAGAAGACUUGCUCAAGGAAGGCUAAGCGAGAUCUUUGGUCAAUCAACAGUGCCAAUUGAUGAAGGAUUUAGAAUUCUUGGAUUCACAAGCGUUUGUGAAGAAGAACUUGAGUAUCUGGAAGAUUACAAUAAAGAAUUCUUCGAUGCUUACUUCCAAGGAGUGAACGAUUACGCCCACACUCAUUCGAGUCCCCUCCAAUUUCAUUUUUUCGGAAUCAAUUAUGAGAACUACACAAUUGUGGAUUCUUGCACUCUCACAAAGCUAAUGGGGUUCAUGCUUUCAGGAAAUUGGGGAGACGAGGUAGUAAGAGAUUACCUGAGUGCUAUUACUCAGGAUGAAGAGCUUGUGCAAGGUCUCUACUCAUAUUCAGAUUCCCAAUUUGAUGAAUUUUCGACUACUAUUCUAAAUGAGCAGGAACUAAUUGACAUUGGAUUGAAUACUUCAGAAAAACUCCCUCAAGUAGAAAAUUUACUCAAAGGAAAUAUCACUAAUUAUGUCGAUGAAGUUGUCUCUGAAAUGAUUGAGGAAAUUGAGAGUGUCAAGUUUGAUGGAAGCAAUGCUUGGGUAAUCAGCGGAGAGCAUACUGAGACAGGCAUGCCAAUUAUUUCCAACGAUCCACAUCUUGGAAAUUCAUUACCAUCCAUUUGGUAUUAUUCGCACAUUGAAUAUCCAGAUGGCACAUUCAUCAGUGGAGCAACUGUACCUGGAUUGCCAUUUUUUGCAAUAUUCACCACUGAGAAAAUAGCUUUCACAAUUACUGCAAUCGCUGCUGAUUCGAGUGAUGUGUACAAAGAAAAAAUCAAAAAGAACAAGUAUGAGUACGAAGGAAAGCUAUACCCUCUCAAUGUGAGAAAAGAAAUCAUCAAAGUUAAGAACAGUAAUAGCAUAGUUCUGAAGGUAAAAAGUACAAGGCAUGGACCACUUCUCAAUCCAAAAAGCAUAGAAGCACUGAAUAAUGUUGCCAAAGGAGCUCCAAUUAAAAUGCCAAAGGGAGAUUACUCAUACAAAUGGGGAGGAAUUAUUCCACAAGAUAAUCAAGCUUUUAAGACAUUGAGCAUUAUCAAUGAUGUCAAAUCUGCAAAAGAACUGCUCAAUAUAAUCAAGCAGUCUAAUGGGGUCAACACUAAUAUUGUUUUUUGAGAUAAUCUUGGAGAGUAUGGCAACAUUGGAUUCGCUCCAUAUGGAUCUUAUCCAAAAAGAACCAAUGAUGCAGGCCACAGGAUCUCAAGAGGCUGGAUCAAUGAGAAUGAGUGGGAUGAAUACAUUCCAGGAGACGAGAAGCCGUACUUAUUCAAUCCAAAGAAAGGAUAUAUUGUAAUGGCCAAUAAUCCAAUCAGUAAUGCUAACACGAAAAGUCAAAUUUCUACUCACAGCCUUGGUACUGCAAGAGCAUACAGAAUUACAGAGCUGAUAGAGGAUCUUAUUAAGACCAAGAGUGGAAGCAUUGGAUACAAAGACAUGAUUAACAUCCUCAGCGAUGUAAAAGAUCCAUAUGCUGAACAGAAGAAGCAAUAUUUUAUCAACAUCACCAGACAAUAUAUGAAGAAAAAUAAUAUUGAGAACCAAGGGAAAGAAGAAAUCAUGGACAUGCUCGACAAGUGGGAUGGCACUUACAAGAUGGACAUGAAAGAGCCAGUUUACUUCACAUUGUGGGAAUUCUUCUUCAGAAGUACUUUCAUGACAGAGCAAUUCAAAAAUAAUGAAGAAACUAAAGCUAAAAUGUUCUCUAAUGGGUAUUUUGAAGGCAAUUUCGUCCAACUCUUCAGAAAUAUUUCUUCAAAUCCUGAUCAUUUUGCCAAAUAUUGCAGAAAAUAUGGAGUAAUAGACUCUGAAAAUUGUCCUCAUUUGCUCUACCUUUCGCUAAACAAUACAAUCAAAUAUACUAGAGCUUUCCAUAAUAAUAACACUGUGUGGGGAGAUGUGCAUACGAUGAGAUACCCGAACAUUCCUUUCACUAAAUCAAUACUGAAGUGGUUCUUUGAUAGAGAAGUUAGAGCUUCUGGCAGCUCUAACACAGUCAGUGUUGCAGGAAUAAAAUUUGGCAAGUUUGAAGGAAAGAAUAAUGAGAAUAUAUGGAGUUUGUUAUUUUCUCCAAAAAAAGAGUUUCCCUCUGCUCAUUCUGGGAACCUGAAGUUUAUCUCAUUGAUGAAUGGCACAGUGUACUACUCUCUUGACACUGGAGUUAGCGAGAGCUUGUUCUCAGGUCUUUAUUUCAAUAUGAAUCCAAGACACAUGAUGAACAAACUUUUCAGAGCUGAUUUCCCAAGAGAAGAAGAUUUCCUCCCAAUGGAUAUGGAUCCAAUGAUAAGAUUUGAGAUCAGAAAAACAGAUGCGAAUGUACCUACUGAAGAUCUUUAA